AUGUCGCCUGAUUCUGGCCCUGACGAAAAGGACCUGCAGGCCACGCACCUUGAGGCCGGCGAUGCUGCCCUGAGUAAGGGAGUCGAACAAACUGAAAAGGUUGUCCAUGCGGAUGGCACUAUCGAUUAUCUAGAUGCCAAGGCUGUUGGAGGCGAUGUCGAUGAGAUGCCCAAGGGCUACUUCCUGAGCGCCCAAUUCAUUGGUACAGUCACGGCCCAAUGCCUGGGAAGUAUUUGCGCCUAUCUAGGCUGGGUCUUGCCGGCCAAUACUCUAACCCUCAUUAACCAAGACAUCGGUCCUUCGGCGAACAUCAACUGGGUGGCGACAAUGUGGACUAUGGGAAGCUCGAUAGGAUUCCUCCUGUUCGGCCGACUCUCCGACAUGUACGGCCGAAAAUACAUGGUGCUGGGAUGUACCGUCCUCGGCCUCAUCGGCUGCAUUAUCGGUUCAUGCGCACAGAGCGUUGAGAUGCUCAUCGCCGCAAAUGUUUGCAACGGCAUCGCAGCCGCCGGCCAGCUCUCGUUUGGCAUUGUCCUGGGAGAACUUGUCCCUAACAAGUGGCGAGGACCGAUUACCACUCUCGUGUUCCUUUCUUCGUUGCCCUUCGCUGUCUUUGGACCUGUAAUUGCGCGAGCUUUCUUCGAAAAUACAUCGUCCCGGUGGCGAUGGAGCUAUUUUAUCGGCGACAUUCUUGGAGCCAUGUCUCUUGUCUUGUACUGGUUCUUCUAUCACCCCCCGGACUACAACCAGCUCCACGUCAACGGAAAGAGCAAGUGGCAGAUGACCAAAGAUCUGGAUUUCAUCGGAAUCUUUCUGUACAUUUCCGGUUGCGUGCUAUUCCUCAUCGGUCUGUCAUGGGGCGGAACGCAAUAUCCCUGGGAUAGUGCCGAGACUCUGUGCACACUGCUGAUCGGCGUCGCCUUGCUUGCCUCCACGGUGUACACGACAAAUGUGACCGACGUUGGCUGGCAGAGCUCGGUCGUGGGUGGCGGUAUCCUCCUUGGCCAGAGCAUUGCGGGCUUCUGCAUUUCCUACGUGCCCAAGGUGAAAUACCAAUGCAUCAUUGCGUCAGGCCUCGCCUUUGCUUUUAUGACGUCUUUGACAACGAUAUCGAUUGAUCGUUGGGCUGCAACUAUCGCUCUUGGCGUUCUCACAUGCACUUCUAUUGGCUUUGUCGAGAACAUCUCCUUCCCCGGUGUUACUCUGAUCUGGGAGCCCCAAGAUAUCGGUCUUGCAACAGGAGUGUUGGGAUCCAUUCGCGGAUUUGGCGGUGCCAUCGCCCAGUCACUUUACGUCUCGGUACUGAACAAUCAGUUGGUCAAGAAGAUCCCAGAGCACGUCAUUCCUGCUGCCAAAGCCGCCGGCCUUCCAGAAUCAUCGAUGGAUCAGUUGUUAGCAGGGACAAGCACUGGGGAUUUCUCAACGGUCCCAGGGAUUACGGAUUCCAUCAUCAGCAGCGUAGCCGCGGCUAUGAAAGACGCCUACAUCGGAUCUUACAAGAUUGUUUUCUACACCACUAUCCCAUUCUCUGUCAUUCUGUUUUUAAUGGCAUUUUUUGUACCGAAUAUGGAAAAGUUUCUGGGCAACAAUGUUGCCAAGAAGCUGCAAAGGCACCACUAA